CUAACCAGGUUUUCAUAGUUCGAAAAGGAUGGAACAAGACAUGUUAUGAACGAAUGGCACUACAAUUGGUAACGCUUAAAUCCCAGCGCCAAUACCUAUUAUCACCAAUAAAAAACAGCUCUCUUUACCUUCACAAAACCAAUUCUGUAUAUUUUCCCUCAAUAUCAAGAUUAACGAUGGCAGUAGCAGUUUCAGUGCCGGGAGGAUCGUGGGAGGAGCGAAUACCCCCCAACGUCCUCCGCCGAAAGCGUGACUCCACCUGGAGAGGCGGCUUCAGCCUGGGGGUAGACCUGGGAUUAUCCCGCACUGGCCUUGCCAUAAGCAAAGGCUUCUCCAUUCGUCCCUUAACGGUUUUGGAAUUAAGAGGGCAGAAGCUAGAGCUAAGGCUUCUUGAUAUUGCUGAAAAGCAGGAAGUUGAUGAGUUUAUAAUUGGGCUUCCUAAAUCUAGUGAUGGAAAGGAAACAACACAAUCAAAUAAAGUUCGCAGUGUUGCUGGAAGGUUUGCUGUUCAGGCUGCUAAGAGCAGGGGAUGGAGAGUAUACCUGCAGGAUGAGCACGGGACAUCGAGUGAAGCUAUGGACUAUAUUUUAUCCAUGGCUCUCAGUAAAUCUGUUCGUCAAGGGAGAAUUGAUGCCUACGCUGCUAUGAAGGUGCUCGAAAGAUAUUUUUCGCAUUCAGGACAAGGUAUUGAACUCGUAUUACCCAAGCAGGUGGAACUCCAAAACAAGCUUUGUCAAGGUCCACCAAAGGAUGUCGAUUUUUUCCCAGAAGAAUCUGCUGGUUGAUAUGUUCUGGCACAAAUUUUAUUGGAGGACCUCCACGAGUAUUGGAAUCUGUUCAUAAUACCAAGACCCUAUUUGUUUAUCAUUCUUUUCUCAUUAAAAUGAAAAAUAUGAUCGUUAUUCAUCACAUCAAGCCACCAAAUUUAAAUUUCUAUCUCUUGUGUGAGACCCAUAACGGUUAUAUUUUUCAUUCUCAUUCUUAUAAAAAUGAGAAACAAACGGGCUACAAAAUAAUUUGUAUUACGUGUUUGAUAAGUGUUGUGUGAUUAUUGAUCAAUGGUUUGUUUGACUUGUAUCAA